UCGCCUGAAUUUUAAUUUUGAUGUCGUAUAUCGAAGGCCUAAGGAGGCUGACCGUAGCACCGACUCUACUGAACACGUGUGUAAUAACUUGUUAGACGGUAAAUUUUAAACAUUCUUUCUGUUUUAUAAUUUUUAUACGGUGUUUGGAGAAGCCUUCCUUGUAAUCGACGCGAUCGUUGCCAGUCGAGCAUGAAAGAAAAAAAAGAAAAACGUAAGAGACUUUUAAAAAAGCGUGUAUUUCUAUCCAAGAAAAAAAAAAUAUCUCUGAUAUUAAAGUGUCUACUUAGGUAUGCUAAGUUUGGCUUAUACUAUAGAAGUGUAGAGAUUUUUCCUUUCAAAGAAUGUAACCGGUCUGUAAGAAGUUUAACAUUUAAGUAAAUAUUAGAAAACACUGAUAUACAGCUUUACAUAUAUAUAUAUAUAUAUAUUGUAUAACAAGUUAAGAGAGCGAUUGAGACACGUUGAGAGGGUAGAUAGGAUGAUUCCAGUCUUUGCGUAGUUACGUUGUACGUCGAGCAUCAUGUUCUUAAUUAUGACCCGCUAUAUUACUUAUCUAUUGUAUUUGUUACAUGUAAAAUGAAAGAUACUACAGCCAAAAAAAUUCAAACCCUCUCCAUAAAUAUAAAAAGAAAAAAAAAAAAGAAUGUUAUAAAAGCUGUUUCAAGCUUAGGUAUAUAUGUGUAAAUAACAUGAUAUUUACAAUAAUAAAUUGUGACGUAUUAGUCACUUUGGACUUGACUACUUAACCAGUCGAUUUGCAAAGAAGAAAUAUUCAAGAAAGGGUUUUUAUUUAUGCAGUAUAUAAAAAAAAAAAGAAUGCGAGUACAAAAGUGAAAGAAACAAAAAUAUGUACCAUCAACAUCGAAACCUUUGCUAGUAAGGUGUAAUAAGAAUUAGGCGUCACUGAAAGCUUAUGGAAAAAAAGAAAGAAUAAAACGUUGGAGGUGCUGUACCCAAUAAAGUUAUGAGUCGAAUUUCAUUGUAAACAUCUUGUUGUUAUUAAAAUAAUAUCAACUGCAUCGUGUUUUGGAUAUAACAUACACAAAGGUUUUUUUAUAUAUAAUUUCUCCUCCUUGUUUCAAAUUAAUUAUCCCAUCAAGUUGGUUUUAUCAAAUUAUAAUAAAUUCAGAAUUUAGUCUCCUAGCCCCUUGUAGAUACUACGUGUCUACCAUUGGAAAAAAGUAUUGUUAUUUAGCCGCAGGAGGACGCAGCAUCUGUAGUUUAUAGGUAUAUCUAUAUAGCAGAGAGAAAGAAAAGGAAAGUUGAGAGUUUACGAUCGUGAAAGGAGCAUCUAUGAACGAAGGAGUAUUUUAUAUGGGAACAAUUCAACUUAUUUCUGCGAUUGUGUUUUGUUAAACGAUUAUUGAUAAGGAGUGUUCAACUAUCUUUGCCUUUAUACGAAGACUCUGCUCCUAGCUGUCAAGUGCAGCUAUGCUGCUCACACUAAUGAAGGGCGGUGCGUGCAACGGCGUUACUGAAAAAGUGUGGAGCCAUCUGCCCUAGCCUGACAUCGUCGUCGAGAUGUUUUAGUAAUGAAAUCGAGGUACCAGGCAAUGAGCAUCAUGUCGGUGCCUGGAUACACGUAUAGCUGGUAGUACCGCAUUAAAGCUAGCCUUCUACCAGUGGGACUGAUACCCUUAUUAUACUUUCUACGCUUCCUGACCCUAGACUUAUACACGCACAAACGCGCACGCAUAAAGCGUGCGCAUGUGCUUUGUCAACUAUCGUCUACACAUCAUGAGAUUCUUGGGACUAUCAUCAUUUCCCACUUCACCUACUGUGUCAUUUCCUAAGCUGCUGCUGCUACCACUCCAUCAAUUAUCCUUUUCAUCCAUGUCUAUUGCCACAUGGUUUCUGGUGGUACUAGUAACCGCAGCAAUAGACACACCUGCCAGUACUACUCCACCGGUACAAGAAAACAGAUCUCUACACAUUGUGACACAAUUUCCUAUGGGGGAUAGUCAACGAUAUGGAUUUUAUCCUUUAGAUCCAAAUACAACGAGAGAAGGUGCCCUUCGAUUUAAUCACCUUACUAUAGAUCCUGCCACGGGACGAUUGUACGCAGGUGCCAUCAAUAGACUGUUACAGUUAGAUUCUAAUCUUAAACUGGAGGAAUAUGUUUCGACAGGACCAAGACUGGAUAAUCCUCAGUGUCACGCGACAGGCUGCCCUUCUAGAGACAUAACAACAUCUUUAAUGGAUAAUGUCAACAAACUGUUAAUCGCUGAUCUCGAAUCACAAACGCUAAUCGCGUGUGGUUCUCUACUUCAAGGUGCUUGUGAAAAGUACAAAAUGUCAAACAUAUCUAUCAAACCAGAAUUCAUUCCCCAUAGCGUAGCAGCUAACGACGAAAAUUCUUCUACCUAUGCUUUCAUUGGACCUGAAAAAUAUAAUGCAUGGGGGCAGACUAAUAUCCUUUAUGUUGGCACCACGUUUACUAAUAGAGGAGAUUAUAGGCACGACGUGCCGGCCAUUUCCAGUAGAAAUCUUCACAAUUUACAGUUUGCAGAAUAUACGUUUAACAAACAAUCAAUUGUGUACAUUGAUGUUAAAUAUAGAGACCAUUUUUUAGUUAAAUACGUAUACGGUUUCAAUGCCAGUGAUUAUGCAUAUUUUUUAUUGGUACAAAAACAGUCUUAUCUGCCUGAACAAGAGGAAUUGGGUUAUAUCUCUAGAUUGGCACGAAGCUGUAUAAGUGACGCAAAUUAUGAUAGUUACACAGAGGUGACAUUGCAAUGUACCGUUGACUUGGGCGAUGGAAAAACACAGUUUUAUAAUUUAGUACAAGACGCAAAAGUAGCACCGGCUGGUAGCGAUCUAGCCAUGCAACUUGGUAUCUCGGUCGGUGACCCUGUCUUUGUCUCUGUAUUUUCACCAAGUAGAGGUAUCACCAACGAACCAUCAUCUCGCUCAGCGCUUUGCGUAUACAGUUUACAAGAGAUUGAAACGAAAUUUAAUGAAAAUAUCCACAUGUGUUUUAACGGUAGUACCAAAUACAGAAAUAUGGGGUAUGUCAGUGGUCCCAUUCAAGAUGGAAAAUGUCCAACAGCAGGAACAACAGGCAACAUUUUAAACUUUUGUGAAGUGGGUUUGAAAAUCUCUGGAAUGUCACCGAUUGUGGGACAAGCAAUCUUACAUUUUCCUGAUGAAUUCGUUACAUCUGUAACGAUAGCUAAUACAGAAGGUCAUACAGUAGCGUUUCUGGGUACUAACGAUGGAGUUCUGAAAAAAGUUUUGCUUUCUGGAACUGAAGCGUUCGUUUAUGAAAGCAUUGUAAUUGAUAAAGGAAAUAGAAUAAUACCCGACAGUUUAAUUUCACCCGAUGGAGAAUAUAUUUAUGUUUUGUCAACUUCGAAAAUUUCAAAGGUUCAGGUUGAACACUGUAACAGUUACACUAAUUGCAGUAGUUGUCUCGAUGCAAAGGAUCCUUAUUGCGGAUGGUGUUCAUUGGAAAAGAGAUGCACUGUUAGAGGAGAUUGCCAGAAAGCAAGUCACAGUAGUCCACGGUGGUUAUCUUUAGGCACAGGACAACAGUGUAUCGACUUUGAACAAGUUCUUCCUGAUCGUAUGCCUAUCAACCAAAAGACGAUGGUUCAUUUAACGAUUAGAACUCUACCUGAAUUGCCGGCAGGUGCUAAAUAUAAAUGCGUAUUCGGGAAGGCAGAACCCAUAGACGCGUCAAUGACUGGUUUUGGAUUAAUAUGUCCUACACCGCCGGUUAUCGAAAGACCCAGCAUACCGGACGGAGCCGAUCACGUUUUAGUACCACUGUCUGUACGUUCCAGCGAGACUAACAAAGAUUUCGUUUCACGAAAUUUUGCGUUCUUCGAUUGCUCUAGACACACUGUGUGCACGGAAUGCGUCAAGUCCCAAUGGGCGUGUAGCUGGUGCGUGUACGACAACAAGUGUACGCACAAUGCAAGUUGUCAGGGUAUUAUUUCAGGAGAAAAUAAUCAAGCGAGUCUUGCCGCACACGGAGCACAGUACUGUCCAAGAUUUGUCCAACGCACGGAACCAUUGAUGUUGCCCAACAGCGUACCUAAAGAGAUAGUGCUCGAAGUCGAGAAUCUACCCCAUCCACAAGUGGGACACAGUGGUUUUCAAUGUAUCGUUUCGAUCGAGGGUGCAAAGUUGAAAGUACAAGCCCGGGUCGACAGUAGCCGCUACAUAGUUUGUGAUAAAACCGUUUACUCGUACGAAGCGAUCACCGGGGAAUACGAGGCAGAGGUAACAGUUGUGUGGAACAUUCAUCAUCACGUAGACAAAACUACGAUUAUACUUUACAAGUGCGAGGUACUUGGUUCCCAUCGCGAACACGCUGAUUGUUCUCUUUGCGUGACCAGAGACGCUCGAUUCGAAUGUACUUGGUGCGGUAACAGUUGCGUGUACCGACAUUCUUGCUUGCAUUCGCCGUUCACCGAAUGCCCGAAACCAAGGAUAGACAUGAUUAAACCUCUCAGCGGACCGAUCGAAGGUGGUACGCUGGUGACCAUCGAGGGAAGUAAUCUGGGAUUGAAAGAGAGCGACGUGGAAGGGAAAAUUCAAAUUGGUAACACUACGUGUACCUUGGUCGACUACGAGGUAUCCGUUCGCAUAGUUUGUCGUACCGGACGACACAAAGCCACCGACACUGCCUCGGUGGUGGUGGGUAACGACGCUGGUUACACAGAGAGCGCGGUGUUGUUUAAUUACAAAGAUAUAAGACUGUCAGGGGUAUACCCGUCGGUCGGCCCUCAAAGCGGUGGCACCCAACUUGCCAUAACCGGUAUGUACUUGAACAUUGGCAGCACCAUUUCAGCCUACCUGGACGAAUUGCCGUGUCACGUGAACGCAACUCAGGCAAGCAGCACCAGGUUGACCUGCGUAACGAGCAAGUCCGAUCGAGUGAGAAAAGUCGAGAGGCUGACUCUGAGCAUCGACGGUGCGAAUCGUACUUUGGAGGGGAAUCCUUACAAUUACACCCACGAUCCUACUAUCAUGGAGAUUAAACCAUUGACGAGCUUUGCUUCCGGUGGCCGAAUGAUCACCGUCCACGGUACCAAUUUGGACACCAUUCAAAAACCUGAAAUGGAGGUAUACUUCGACAACGAAGCGUUACCGGUAAACCGUACUGUUUGCACUGUAUUAAAUCCGACUCAGAUGGAAUGUCCUAGCCCUAGCAUCGCUAAACGUUUCGUGAGUCUUCGACGAAGCGAGCGUGCCGUUAACGGUCCGAACCUGCCACAGUCGUUGAAGUUGAAGGAAUCAAAAUUAUCUUUGAAAAUCGCAUUUAUCAUGGACAACGUGGAAAGCGUACGAGACUUGGAGAAGCAUUUUCAGAAUCUUAGAUACCGUUUACUGUACGUAGAGGACCCGAAAUUCUUAGCAUUUCCACGAAACGUUAAACUGUACAAGGGUGACACUUUGGUUAUCGAGGGAGAAAAUUUGAUUUUCGCCAGCGACGAGUCCGAUGUAAACGUCACGGUUGGAAUGAUGCCUUGCAACGUAACGUCCCUUGCUUCUACUCAAUUAGUUUGUAUACCACCGGAUCAACAACCAGCUGAUACGGAUGAACUUGGAAUUAAAACUGAGAACGGUUUACCAUUGGUCGUGGUACGAGUCGGUAGAAGCUUAAGGUUUCCCAUUGGCUAUUUACGUUACGACGUAAUUAAAUCUUAUCCAAUUCCACCGGAAGCAAUCGCUGGAAUCGCAGCUGGUACGUUUGGCCUGGUGUUUCUGUUUGUUUUGGUGUUGAUAAUAUACAGAAGGAAAAGCACACAAGCGGAGAGAGAGUACAAACGCAUACAGAUACAAAUGGAUACGCUUGAGAGCAACGUUAGAAUGGAAUGCAAGCAAGCGUUUGCCGAGCUACAAACAGAUAUGACAGAUUUAACAGCGGACCUGGAAUCGUCCGGUAUACCGACUCUCGAUCAUAAGAAUUAUAUUAUGAAAGUAUUUUUUCCAGGUGUUACCCAUCAUCCGAUAUUAAACGAUCCCAGAUCGCGUAGCAACGUUUCACGAACGAACUACGAUGCUGCGAUGAUCCAGUUCGAACAGCUUAUUAAUAACAAGUACUUUGUAUUAACGUUCAUCGAAACUUUAGAGGCUCAGAAAGACUUUAACAUUAGAGACAAAGUGAACGUUGCAUCUUUACUAAUGGUCGUUUUAAUGGGGAAGAUGGAAUACGCGACCGACAUACUGAUGAACCUUUUACUGAGACUCAUCGAGAAAGCGGUGAACACUAAACAUCCACAGCUGAUGCUGAGGAGAACAGAGUCCGUAGUGGAGAAGAUGUUAACCAAUUGGAUGGCGCUUUGUAUGUACAAUUAUCUGAAAGACUACGCGGGUUCGUCUCUGUUUUUAUUGUUCAAGGCGAUAAAGCAUCAAAUAGAAAAAGGUCCCGUAGACGUGAUAACCCACGACGCAAGAUAUUCGUUGUCCGAGGAGAGAUUGCUUCGCGAACAAAUCGAGCAUAGCGUCGUCACUUUGCACGUGGUCCAAGAUGAUCUCGACGAGAAGAUUCAAUGCAAAGUGUUGGAUUGUGAUACUAUUAACCAAGUGAAAUCCAAGAUAUUGGAUGCUCUUUACAAAAAUACUCCUUUCUCACUUAGGCCGUCCGUUCAUGACGUAGACUUGGAAUGGAGACACGGUAGAGGUGGCCACUUGACUCUUCAGGACGAAGAUCUAACGACAAAAUGUAGCGGUGAAUGGAAAAAGAUAAAUACUCUGGCUCAUUAUGGCGUUAAGGAAUCGGCGGUCAUGUCGUUGAUUCCCAGACAGAACGAUGGAUUUUCUGUCGCUUGCAAACCACCGUGUCACAACUGCAAACCGUCUCAUUACCAUCAUCAGCAACAGUCGAUUCAUCAUCACCCUCAUCAUCAUCAUUUACAUCGACACGCGAAUCAUUGUUCGUCCACGCAUCUUCCAUCCACGCCUAAUCACAAUUUAAUCAGUCCUGUAUUGUACAAUCAUCCCGUCACCGGUUUGUAUUUCGAAUCCCAACACUCGCCGCCAAUUAUAACGGCGAACGGUGACGUUGAAAGCGGUCACGGUGGUAAUCAACGAUUGUAUCAUUUAGUAAGGCCUAUAGAGGACAGCCAUUAUCCACCGGGAAUGGGUUUUACCGGUAGCAAGCAUCAUCAUCCAGAACGGACGCACAAAGCGAUCCCUGAGAUAUUUUUGACUAGAUUAUUGUCGACGAAGGGUACAGUACAAAAGUUUGUCGACGAUUUCUUGAACACGAUAUUAACAGCGAACGAAGCGUUGCCCAGUGCUGUCAAAUGGUUGUUCGAUCUUCUCGACGAUGCUGCCAAGCAACACGGUAUCGUCGACCCGGAAGUGCCCCAUGCAUGGAAAUCGAAUAGUUUACCGCUUAGAUUUUGGGUGAAUUUUAUUAAAAAUCCGGACUUCAUGUUUGAUAUUAAUAAAUCUACAACGGUCGAUUCGAGUUUAUCCGUGAUAGCGCAAACGUUUAUGGACUCUUGUUCGAUGACGGAGCAUAGGCUAGGAAAAGAUUCACCCUCUAACAAGUUACUCUUUGCCAAGGAUAUACCGCACUACCGAGAAAAAGUUGGUCGUUUUUACACGGACGUACAAAGACUGCCGCAGAUUACCGAUCAAGAAAUGUCUAGUGCCAUGCAACAGUUGAGCGCGUCCCAUGCGAAUGAAUUUGAUGUGAUCGCAGCACUGAAAGAACUUUACAUCUAUGUCAGCAAGUAUUAUGAACAAAUCCUAGAGGCCUUGGAGACAGACGCGGGCUGUCGCAAAUUACAUCUAGCGCAUAGGCUAGAAAACGUAGCGUGCACGCUCGAAGGAGAGGAAACCAGUGCCUGCUGACACAACCUCCUCGUCGCCAUCCCAGGACCCGUCAAUCUCUCCAGAAACACAGACUAGUGCCUCCAUUUCAUGCAUCAGAUACACCUCGUUACAUAUGUACAAAUCUACACACCAUGUGAAUAAUUAAUGCCGUAAAUACGUGCGAUUUCGUUAAGGCUAGUCAGGCGGUAGUUAUUUUCAGGAUAAGUUUAGUCCUGGUGUAGUAUUUUGCGUCUAUAUGUCAUGGCCGUAUCGAAAUACGCUCGUGCACACGUACAGAUAUUAGUAUAAAUUGAUCAAAUGCCACUCUGACCCUUAAACUUUGACAUCGUUUUUCAUUAAUAUUAUAGAUAUCGUUCAUUUCAUUAUACAUAUAUGCGUGGAUCUAUACGUAUAUACGUAUAAUAAUUAUAAGGAAUUAAAUUUAAAUUAUAAAAAGAAUCUCAAUGCAAUUAGUUGGAUUUCAGUGACAAGAGAUCUUUUAUUAUAUAAUUAAAAAAAUAUAUAUAUAUACCAAGUACACGUUUAAGGAUUUGAGGUGCGAAAUUUAUGCAAAAUACUAUCUACAAAAUUUAAUAAUUUCAUUUCUUCGUUGACCGAAUGUCUAUACGUGUAUACGUAAAUACGGAUAACAUAUAUAACAUGAAAGAAAUAAUGUGUGUAAAAUUAAAAGUGAGAAGAAGCCAUAGUGUCCAUCAGACUGUCUGUACAAAAAUAGUACGACAGCGAGUAGUCUGUGAUCCGAGCACGAGUGGCUAUGCCUACUAUCUUCAUUACGAUAUAUAAUUAUUAAUAUGUUAUAUAUUAUAUAUAUAUACAUAAAAAUAUAUAAAGCAAAGAUCACACAACAUACACCUCCACGGAUCGUAGUGAGCUAGUUAGAGAGGGUCUGUAUAUGUAUUAUAAGUUGAGGGUAGAAAACCCUUUCAGAGAGAGAGAGAGAUAGAAAAAGCGCGCGCGCGCGUGUAUGAAUGUGCGUGGGUGAAUGCGAGAGAGAAAGAGAUGAUAAUAUUAAAUUAAGGUAAUUCAAAUUAAAAUGUUACAAAGGAAAUGAAGUGAAGAAUUAAAAGAUUAUGAGAGCAGCUCGGACUACUCUAGGCCUA